ACACAUCGCGGACGCACUGAAUGAGAGACCUGUGCCAGAGACUGUAGCAUAAGCGGAGCGUUUUUACAGCUACAAACAUUAAAUAUUAGUUACAAUAUUAGUGUCUUACUCUCUUAUCUCCGUUUUGUUUGCUCAUACGUUAGCAAAGGUUUCUGAAGAUGUCUUUCAACACUGGUCGUGGAUGCCCAAGGGGAAGACCGGUGGCUCCGGGCACAAUGUUUUGCCCUGCUCCUCCGCGCUAUCACUACGACCCCCUGGCCACCCCCGGUCCUUUCUAUAACCCUCCAGUCAGCAGCGGCUACAUGCCCCCUCGUCCUGACUUCAUGCCUUUUCACUUUCCUGUGCCACCACAGGGCUCAAACGCCCCACCCCAGUGCCCUGUACGCCCGCCGGUCUUCCUAGAGCCGCCCGCUUUUCCUCCACCUGGGCCUCACAGCUCUGACUGCUCCACUAUGGUGCAGCCUCAGAGCUCCUACCCCUACAUGAUGCCCUCAGUCACACCUCCACCCCUACCACCGAUGCCACCCUCAAUGCCCUACCCGCCCUCCUAUCCCAUGAGCUACCCUCCGCAGCCCCAGCUCCCACCUCCGGCCAGCUUCAACCCCGCUUAUGCCCCGCCCGGGGGCUCCUUCAAAAUCGAGCACAACCGCCAACCUCCACAGUACAAGGUCGACGGAUGUACUAGGUCACCCGAGAGGCUUCGCCACCACGAUGACCACCGGCACAGGGGCUAUGGGGGAUACGGAGGGCGACACAGCACUGAGUUUGGUGGAGAUAGGAGGGACAGAGGUCGCAGUUCAGAGCGCAGACGGCCGGACAGCCCGCGGUAUAAAGAAGACUAUGAUAGAGGCCGCAUACCACAGAGACACCACAGCAGAGAGCGCUACCGGCACAGAGAUGAGCGAGACUCACUCCCCUCUGACAGACACCGGAAGCACACUCGCAAUCGCUCAGGCAGUCGAGAGAGGAAACGCCGGCGUGUGGAGGAUGAGAAAGACCGGAGAUCGGAUGGUGCGAGCAGUAGAGAAAAGACACCGAGUUUCAGCAGGAGCAGAGAUGCCGUGGAGACGUCCACCGACCGCCAUGACGAGGAGAAAGGAGAAGAAGAGUUACUCAAGCCUGCCUGGAUCCGCUGCACGCAUGCGGAAAACUACUACUCCAACGACCCUAUGGACCAAGUGGGCGACUCUACGGUCGUGGGCACCAGUAAGUUGAGAGAUUUGUACAAGCGGUUUGAGGAGGAGCUUGGCCGGAGGCAGGAACGUGCCAAAUCUAGCAGGCCUAAAUGGGAACCACCCAAGACCAAAUUGGACCAGGAUGAAGAUGAGAGCUCCAGUGAAUCAGAGUGUGAGUCUGAUGGAGCUGGUAGCAGUUGCUCCAGCAGCUCUGACUCUGAGGUGUUUGAUGUCAUCGCUGAGAUCAAGAGGAAGAAAGCUCAUCCUGAUCGUUUGCACGAGGAGCUGUGGUACAAUGACCCCGGACAGAUGAAUGAUGGUCCCUUAUGUAAGUGCAGUGCCAAAGCCAGACGUACUGGAAUCCGACACAGUAUUUAUCCUGGUGAAGAGCCGGUGAAACCGUGUCGACCUAUGAGUAACAACGCUGGAAAAUUGUUCCACUACCGAAUCACUGUUUCCCCACCCACUAACUUCCUGACGGACAGACCCACGGUUAUUGAGUAUGAUGACCAUGAAUACCUGUUUGAGGGCUUCUCCCUCUUCUCUCACACACUGCUCACCAAUAUCCCUUUGUGUCGAGUGAUUCGUUUCAACAUCGAUUACACCAUACACUUUAUAGAAGAGAUGUCACCUGAGAACUACUGCAUUAAAGGCCUGGAGCUGUUUUCCUCAUAUCUCUUUAAAGACAUCCUGGAGUUGUACGAUUGGAACCUUACAGGUCCAGAAGAAAACAACUCUCCAGAAUGUCAGAGGUUUCAUUUCAUGCCUCGGUUCGUUCGCUUCCUCCCUGAUGGCGGCAAGGAGGUGCUGUCUAUGCACCAGGUGCUACAAUAUCUGUUGCACAGCAGUACGCCGCUCGUUCUUGAGGAGGAGAUCGCAAACAUGCUGCAGUGGGAGGAGCUGGAGUGGCAGAAAUAUGCAGAGGAGUGUAAGGGCAUGAUCGUCACCAGCCCUGGCAUGAAACCCAGCUCUGUGAGGAUUGACCAGUUAGAUCGUGAGCAGUUCAACUCCAGCGUCAUCACAUUCCCAAUCAUCGUUCAUUUCGGCAUACGACCCGCUCAGCUCAGCUACGCUGGAGAUCCUCAGUAUCAAAAGUUGUGGAAGAGUUACGUGAAAUUGCGCCACCUGCUGGCCAACAGCCCAAAGGUUAAACAGAUUGACAAACAGAAGUUGACCCAAAGAGAAGAAGCCCUGCAGAAGAUCAGGCAGAAAAAUACAAUGAGACGGGAGGUGACCGUGGAGCUGAGCAGUCAGGGUUUCUGGAAGACCGGCAUCCGCUCUGAUGUUUGCCAGCAUGCCAUGAUGCUUCCUGUUCUGACGCACCACAUUCGCUACCACCAGUGCUUGAUGCACCUGGACAAGCUGAUCGGAUACACGUUCAAGGAGCGCUGCUUGUUACAGUUGGCAAUGACUCACCCCAGUCAUCAUCUGAACUUUGGGAUGAAUCCUGACCAUGCUCGCAACUCUCUGUCCAACUGUGGGAUACGGCAGCCAAAAUAUGGAGACAGGAAAGUGCAUCAUAUGUACAUGAGGAAGAAGGGAAUCAACACCCUGAUCAAUAUUAUGUCACGGCUAGGCCAGGACGACCCAUCACCCUCCAGAAUCAAUCAUAAUGAGCGGCUGGAGUUUCUUGGUGAUGCAGUUGUUGAGUUCCUGACCAGUGUGCAUCUCUACUAUCUGUUCCCAAAUCUGGAGGAGGGAGGGCUCGCCACAUAUCGCACGGCAAUUGUUCAGAAUCAGCACCUUGCUAUGCUUGCUAAGAAAUUGGAGUUGGAUCGGUUCAUGUUAUACGCUCAUGGGCCUGACCUGUGCAGAGAGUCAGACCUCCGACAUGCAAUGGCAAACUGUUUUGAAGCCCUGAUAGGGGCUGUUUACCUGGAAGGUGGGUUAGAAGAAGCCAAGCAGCUGUUUGGUAGACUGCUGUUCAACAGUGAGGACCUGAGGGAUGUUUGGCUCAACUAUCCACCUCAUCCUUUGCAGGUGCAGGAGCCUCUGACAGACAGACAGUUGAUUGAGUCGUCUCCAGUUCUGCAGAAACUAACACAUUUUGAAGAUGACAUUGGAGUGCUGUUCACUCAUGUACGUCUCCUCGCACGAGCCUUCACUCUGAGAACAGUGGGUUUUAACCACCUCACGCUUGGCCACAAUCAGAGGAUGGAGUUCCUGGGAGAUUCCAUCAUGCAGCUGGUGGCGACUGAAUAUCUGUUCAUUCACUUCCCAGAUCAUCAUGAAGGACACCUCACACUCCUGCGCAGCUCUUUGGUAAAUAACCGGACACAGGCGAAGGUUGCAGAAGAAUUGGGCAUGCAGGAACAUGCCAUAACCAAUGACAAGACCAAACGACCAGUCGCCCUGCGGACCAAGACUCUGGCUGAUCUGCUGGAGUCAUUCAUUGCAGCUCUUUACAUAGAUAAAGACCUGGAGUUUGUGCACACUUUUAUGAACGUCUGCUUCUUCCCGCGACUCAAGGAGUUUAUUUUGAACCAAGACUGGAAUGAUCCUAAAUCGCAGCUGCAGCAGUGCUGUCUGACCUUGAGAACAGAGGGGAAAGAGCCAGACAUUCCACUGUACAAAACACUUCAGACAGUCGGGCCAUCUCAUGCCAGGACCUACACAGUGGCGGUGUAUUUUAAAGGUGAACGCAUUGGCUGUGGAAAAGGACCAAGUAUUCAGCAAGCUGAGAUGGGUGCAGCCAUGGAUGCUCUGGAGAAAUAUAACUUUCCACAGAUGGCUCAUCAGAAACGCUUCAUUGAGAGAAAGUACCGGCAAGAACUGAAGGAGAUGAGGAGAGAGAGAGAGAGGCAGGAGAGAGAAAGUGAUGGAGAUGUGAAGAGACAGUGAUCAAGGCUAGAACAGAAUCUCACAGGAAGUCAAUAACACAACAGCAGGUUCAUGAAAGGAAUUGGACUAGAUAUUAUUGCUUGUUCUUUUUAUGUGUGUUUGUGUUAAACUUAUCCAUAUGGUUGCUUUUCUUUAUGUAAAUAAAAUUGAGACUGCUUUUAAAAAGAUCAAAAGUAGGUCAUCUUGCUUA